GGAUCAAUACAAUGCGAGAAAGGCAGAGAGAAGGGGAGAGAGGGAGACAGUCAGAGCAAGAGCGCGGCACGGACCGCUCUGUCUCCCCAUUGCAGCGCAGGCGAGCAGCAAGAGACGAGCCACUUAACGGAAAGGGGGAGAAGGGGCUGAGUUCCCCCCCACCUCACGGCAAUUAAUAUUUACUUGCUGAAUAAUCUGGGAGAGGGGCAUCCUCUUUUAUUGUGGUGAGAAGAAGCUAAAAGGUUUGGAAAAACUACAGAGGAGAAAUUGCAGUAUCAUUUGGCUGGUUUAAAGCUGAACCUGUUCCUUAGGGAAGAGGGAGCCCUGAAAUUUGAUUCCUCUCCAGUAUGAAGCACUUCUGAAAAGAUACAUUUGUCUGCUCUGGGUCAAACUGGAGAAGACAGGCUGAUUGCACCAAGAUGAUGUUUGAGGGAUAUUUACAGAUCCAGUGCCUCCGAAAUCAGAAAUCCGAUGUUUCCCAUGAGACACCUACUGUAGGAAGAAGACAUCUUGAGAAAGACAUCAUAGAGGUUUUUCUCCUGACAUCCACACCCUCCUCAAAGAACAGAACAGGACAGCAAGCAGAUUAAAAAGAGAUCUGAAGUCCACAACAUCUUGAAUGUGCAUUCGUAUGCUUGCCCUCCAAUUUUAACAAGACUAUUCAACGUGGGAGCAAAAUGACCAGGAAAAGGCUAUUAAGUUUCACAGCAGUUCUUCUGGGUGUCCUUACAAUCUCUAUUGAUGGAGGGCUGGUUGUGAAAACGACCAGAGUCAGGAGAGACACAGCAGAGAUCGAGGGCCAUCUUGCCAACCAAAGUAUUCCCAUGAAGGAGGAGCCAGUGGUCUUCAAUCACGUGUACAACAUUAAUGUACCUCUGGAGUCCCUGUGCUCUGUUGACCUAGAGUCGGCACCUGGCCGUGGAGUGAAAGUCGAAGAGCAAGGGGGGGCCACUCAGUACACUGAGCAGACAGCAGACCGAGAGAACCAGGUCACCUUCACCCACCGCAUUAACAUUCCCAAGCAAGCCUGUGCCUGCCCUGGUGCUUCCACCAUCCAGCAGCUGGCUAACCGCAUUGAGAUGCUGGAGAGGGAAGUGUCUCUGCUGAGAGCGCAGUGCACCUCCAGCUGCUGUGGGGAAAGUGCAGCAGUAGGCCGGCUGGACUACGUCCCCCACUGCGGUGGGCAUGGAAACUUCAGCAUGGAUGUCUGUGGGUGUGUCUGCGACGAGGGCUGGACCGGCAAGAACUGCUCCGAGCCGCGGUGCCCGGGCGACUGCUCAGGCCAGGGCACGUGCGUGGAAGGGGAGUGCGUCUGUGACCGAGACUUCACCGGAGACGACUGUUCGGAGACCCGCUGCCCGGAAGACUGCAGCGGCAGGGGGCUGUGCAUCGACGGCGAGUGUGUUUGCGAGGAGGCCUUUUCUGGGGAGGAUUGCUCUGAGACCCGCUGCCUCAACGAUUGCUCAGAUCAAGGAACGUGCCUGAAUGGGACCUGCCAGUGUAAGCAUGGCUAUGUUGGGGAAGACUGCUCCCAGGUCACCUGCCUUAACGACUGCAGCCAGAAAGGACACUGCAAGGAAGGCAUGUGUGUUUGUGACGAAGGCUAUGUGGGUGAAGACUGUUCAUCAGUUGCACCUCCUAUGAAUCUCAGAGUGGUGGGAAUCACAGAACACACCAUUGACCUGGAAUGGGAUGGCUUUGUUGUAGUGACUGACUACCUCAUUACUUAUGUGCCAACCAGCCCAGGAGGAGUCCAGAUGGAGUUAAGGGUGCCUGGAAACACUACCAGCACCACCAUCAAGGAGCUGGAGCCUGGCAUCGAAUAUAAUAUCAAUGUGUAUGCUGUGCUCAUCGACAUGCUCAGCGUUCCGGUUAAUAUCCAGGUCUCCAUGUAUCUCUCCACUCCAGAAGGUUUACUUUUCAAAUCCAUCACUGAGACAUCAGUGGAAGUGCAGUGGGAACCAUUUUCUUACUCUUUUGAUGGCUGGGAAAUUAGCUUCAUUCCGAAGGAUAAUGAAGGUGGAAUGACUGCACAACUGCCAAGCACCAUAACCUCAUUCAACCAGACUGGCCUGAAGCCAGGGGAAGAGUACACUGUCAAUUUGGUUGCACUAAAAGACCAAGCUCGAAGCCCGCCUGUGUCAGCAACUGUCUCAACUUUGAUCGAUGGGCCAAGCCAGCUGAUGGUUCGAGAUGUCUCAGACACAGUAGCCUUUGUUGAGUGGACUCCUCCUAAGGCUAAAGUGGAUCAGAUUGUUCUGAGGUACAGGCUGAUCGAUGGAGAGGGCGUUAGGACCACCUUCAGACUGCAGCCCACUUUGAGCCAGUACUCUCUACAGGUCCUGAGGCCAGGCUCCCACUACGAGGUGUCAGUGAGUGGUGUCCGGAAGGGGAACGAGAGCAAUGCUGUUUCAAUUGAAUUUGUAACUGAAAUUGAUGCCCCCAAGAACCUCCGUGUUGUCUCAAAAACCUCCAGUGUCCUGGAACUGGAGUGGGACAAUAGUGAGGCUGAAGUGGAGAAUUACAAGGUGGUUUACAGCACAUUAGCAGGAGACCAGUACCAUGAAGUCAUUGUCACCAAGAAUGAUGGGUUGACGACCAGAACCACAUUAACAGACUUAGUGCCUGGAACAGAAUAUGGCAUCGGGAUAUCGGCCACUAUAGGGGGCAAUCUCAGUGCCCCCGCGACAAUGAAUGCCAGGACAGGUCUUGACAGCCCUUUGGAUUUGACAGUGACGGACUCCACAGACAAUACUAUCUCCCUGGUCUGGGGGAAGGUACACGGACCCAUUGACAACUACAGAGUUACUUACACCUCAUCCGCAGAUGUUACCUCUGAGGUGAUAGUGUCUAAAGACAAGUCAGCAGUGACCCUGACUGACCUUGAGCCUGGCACAGAAUACACCCUAACCGUGUCUGCACAGCGAGGCAGGCAGCAGAGUGCUGCAGCCACCAUCGACGCUUUCACAGGAUUCAGACCGGUUACGCAGCUGUACUUCUCCGACAUCACUUCCUCCACAGUGACGGUGGCGUGGAGUGCCCCUGCCCCACCUGCUGACAUGUUCGUCUUAAACUACAACCCCCAGGACCAUGGCAAGACCACAGAGAUCACACUGGAAGGCUCAAAGACACAAGCAACUCUCACUGGCUUGCAACCAUCCACAGAGUAUAUUGUCACCCUGGUGUCUGUUCAAGGGACUAAAACCUUUGAGCCAGUAGAAGGCUCAGUUAUCACAGGAAUGGAUCCUCCAAAAGACAUAGCUGUUUCAUUCAUCACUGAGAACUCGGUUACUUUAUCCUGGAUCCCACCUAUCGCACCAUUUGACUCUUACAAGAUGUCAUACCAGUCAUCACGAGGGAGAGUGGACAGCCUGGUGAUUGACAAUGAUGUGACUAACUACACACUGAGCAACCUGCAUCCAGCGACUGAGUACGAGAUAAAUCUGAACGCAGUGCGUGGGAACCAGGAGAGCGAGCUUGUCAGAACCAACGUGCACACAGCAAUGGACAGCCCUCUGGAUCUGGCUGCUUUGAAUGUUACUCCAACAGGCGCUCUGUUGAGAUGGAGCUCUCCACUCUCCACUGUGGAUAAUUAUGUCCUGAUCCUCACUCACAACCAAGUAGCUGCUGACACUAUACUGAUAGAGGGAAACAAGCAGGAGCAGGGGCUCAGCAGACUCAUACCCAGGACAAGCUACUCUGCAGCCUUGUACGCCACUAAGGGACCUCUCACCAGUGAUACCGUUACUACCAAUUUUGUUACACCCAUGGACGCACCCCAGAACCUGACAGCGAGUGAGGUCACCCACAGGAGCUCUCUAAUUUCCUGGCAGCCACCCAUUGCCGACAUUGACAAUUACCUCCUUACCUACAAAUCCAGAAACGGACACAGAAAGGAGCUGAUUAUUGAUGCUGAGGACACAUGGAUUCGGUUGGAGGGCCUCACUGAAACAACAGAGUACACAGUGAAGCUCCAGGCUGUCCGAGGCUCUGAAACCAGUGUCACUGUUUCAACAUCCUUUUCCACAGGAAAUCGCCUGUUUGCCACCCCUCAAAACUGUGCUCAACACCUACUGAAUGGCGAGACCUUGAGUGGGGUUUACACUAUUUAUGUGAACAGAGACCCCAGCCAAGGAGUGCAGGUCUACUGUGACAUGAUCACUGAUGGUGGAGGGUGGAUUGUAUUCCAAAGGCGUCAGAAUGGCCUGACCGAUUUUUCCAGGAAAUGGAACGACUACAGAUAUGGGUUUGGCAACCUGGAGGAUGAAUUUUGGCUUGGGUUGGAUAAUAUUCACAGGAUAGCCUCCCAGGGCCGUUAUGAGCUACGGAUUGACAUGAAAGAUGGUCAAGAAUCAGUAUACGCCAACUAUGAUAAAUUUGCAAUUGGAGAUGCUCGGAGUUUGUAUAAACUCAGAAUAGGGGAAUACAAUGGAACUGCUGGGGACUCUCUGUCCUACCACCAGGGACGUCCCUUCUCAACCAAGGACAGAGAUAAUGACAUCGCUGUCACAAACUGUGCCCUUUCGUACAAGGGGGCUUGGUGGUACAAGAACUGUCACAGAGCAAACCUGAAUGGGAAAUAUGGAGAGUCGAGCCACAGUCAGGGCAUUAACUGGUAUCUUUGGAAAGGCCAUGAUUUCUCCAUUCCCUUCGUAGAGAUGAAGAUGCGGCCGUACAAUUAUCGCAGCAUCAGUGGGAAAAAGAGGAGGUCGACUCGGCUAUAAUCCCACAACCCCAUUAGUUGUUCCUAUUUUUAUGUAGGGGAAAAGAAAGAAAGAAAGAUAAUUUAUGAAAGCAAACAAAAAAUGAACCGAGCAAUGUGGUCUUAUAGAAGGUCAAACCUGUGAAGAAAGGGGAAGUGAAACAAGGUUUAAACACCAUUUUUGUUCCAUUCAUAUUCUCGUUAUAUUAGGGUUGGCACUGGAUGGCUUGCAAUAAACAGUAUACAGUACAUUUUCAGCAGCUGCACAGAUGUGGAAAGAUAAUGUUUUUGUUCUGCUUCUGUUCCUGACACAUAAUUGAAAAAAAAAAGAUUCCCCCCCUAAAGCAAAGAAAACAGAUGUUUCUAUUUUUAUAAGUGAAAGUAUAAUCAAUGAUUUCAUCUCAGCCACCUUUUACCAUCUGAGAUCAUUUUACAUGUAUGGUGAAUUCUUGGCAAGGAAAUAUUCUUGGCAUUUGCAAUUUUAUUACUAAACACAGCAACAUAGUUUUGAAGAAAUAUUACAUUUUGGAGAAGGAAUUCAUUUUGCACAUAAUAGCAUAGAUUAAAAUGUCAUCAAAUGUCAGUAAAAGACACCAGCACAGCAACUUAUCAAUUAAACAAGACAGGAUUAUUUAUUUAUAUAAAUUAUUUUAUCUUUUAAAUUAUAGAGAUUUUCCAGAUGUGGAGUGUUACUUAAAGCACACAUCAUUAAAAAUUAAAGGGUCAGUAAAGUACGUAAAUUCCCAUAAACUUUGUAAUGAAACAAACAAUAAGUGUAACACAAUUCAAAGAUUUAAUCUGCAUCAAGUGCCAUGCACUUAUUGAACAUUUUGUUUAAGAGGUUAUAACAUUGAAAAAAGAAUGUCUCUUUUAAAAUAUUGGUAUAUAAAACAAUUGGAAAUAACAUAGUUUUAAUCUGACAUUCAAUAUUAACAGGAGUUUAGUCUCUUUAAGCUAAAUAGAGAGAAAAUGUUAAGACAAAGGCAGUUGAAUUCCAAAGACCGGUGAAGUUUAAAUGUCCUAUCCUACAGCAUACUGUACAUUGGAGGAUUCUGAAAAUUUUGCUAAAUUGCCCAAAGAUGGGAGAUGUCUAUUAGUGUCGACAGCCAGCCAUAGCAGAAGAUUGGUUGGUUCUUAUACCAGUGUAAAACCAUGCUUUUUAACUUGUAUUGUGGUCUUAUUACAGCCUCUUGAGUUCUAUUAUAAUGUCAGCAUUCAGGAACCUGAAACACAACCUUGUAUUCCAUACCAAACAACCUGUGCUGUAGUUCCUUCACAUUUAGUGCAAUCUGACAUUGAGAGAAAUAUGCAGCUCAGAUGGUGUAGUGAAGGAGUUUUCACUGAUCUAUGGAAGGAACCUGAUCACCAUUACUUCUGAGCUAUGGUUUCAUAGUUUCAGAAUAAGAAAUUACCCAGCAGUUGGCCACACUGAUAGUGUCAGUAUAGCUGCCACAACAUAAACCAAAGACGCCCGCCUAAACGUCAUUCAUUUUGUUAAUGGAUGAUAACGGAUGCUCAGUAACACACUGUAUAUUCAGGCUGUCUAGCGUUUCCAUAGAAACAAAAGAGACAGGCCCAAGGUCUGCUAUCUCAAAUUAAUUAGCAGUAGAUAUCUGCAUAGACUAUAUCCUGGAAACCCCAUCUUAGAGGCAUUUUGUAGUUGAAUGCUGUCCAAAGUAAAGUAAAUGUGAAUCCUGCCAGUUCUGGUCGACUCCUUGAAUAGAAGCAUGUCUUUUACUAGGCUUGCUCUGGCUGACCACAUACUGAGCUAUCUCCUUGAAGCCGAGAUUUCAGUGCUCAUCUUGUGUUUAUUUAUUUGGGGGGGGUUCGAGUUUUCAUCCCUUACUUCUGCUGGCACUGUUUUGAUAGUCUGGAUUUUCAAUCAUGAUUAAAAUGGAAUACAAUAGUUUUUUUGUUUUCCUUACUCCCCAGGUGACCUGUUCAGUUGUUAACUUUUUCUGUUUUUAAUGAUACAGUACUGAGUGAAAUAAUGUUAUACAAAAGGAAGACUAAAAGAAAGACUAUACGAUCUUUACUUGUGUCGGUUUUUGAGAAUUAAGUUACCAGAGAAGCAUGCACUGAAUGACUCAAUUUUUAAUGCUAAAACCACAGAACAACACAAUCUUCCUUUAAUUGCGAUCUGGUGAUUGUAUUUGAUUUAAACAAUAAGAAUUCUAAGGAAGAAAUCAGAUUCAGACUGCAAUUCAGAAGUGCUGUUCUUUAGCUGAUGCAAUCAUUGUUUGGACAAGAAGUAGUUAUCAGCCACCAGAACUGAACUUAUAUUUUGGAAUAUAACAAGCCCAUCCCCAUUUAUUUCUUUUAAUUUAAUUUUAUGUGUCACUUCAAAAUAUAACAGGGCUCCUAAAGGUUGUUUUUAUGGCUUGAUUAAACAAAAGUUCAUUUUUUUCUGUUACCUAUUAAUUCAGCUUGUUACAGCUGUUACAAUGAUGACCAUUGGUAUGAAACCAAAGAUUUGCAGAUAAAACAGUUCUUAAGAAAUCACACAAUUGCUUAAUUCCAGUAGUAGCCUAAAAUAUAUUUAGAUCAAUUUAACUGUAUUUUUUGGUGUUUUAUGCUAAAGUUGCAUCUUAGCCUGAAAAUCCAUUUGUACAGUUUUAACAGGGGUUAAAAAUAAUAUCAGCAAUUUUAGUUGGCAUUGAAUUAUAAUUGAGAUGGUAUGUGGGAAAUGCAUUAAUGAAAUUAUUUUUUUAGGAAAAAAAAACUUAGUUAAUUAGUUAGUAUAACCCUGGUGUUUUGUGAUUUCUAUACAGAUCUCUAUUUUUAGCUUUAUCUUUCAUGGGCGUGGUGCUGGGGUGUUUUUUUUUCUUCCCAGUUGGGUGCAUAAGAACAUUUUCUAAAUUAAUCAUCAGAAAAGUGAGCAAUGAAGACUUACCUUUAGGAGCUGCCUCAUACCAUGAGUACUGUAGCCAGCAGUGUCAUCAUCCCAGUUAGAUUCUAUUCUCGCAUUCCAUUUCCUGAGUGUGAAACCUGAACUAUAAAGGCUUCUGUCUGUUCACGUCUGUGAUAGUAAGCUACAUGUCUGGGAAAUUAGUUUGCACUCUUCUUGUAUAACUAAGACAGUUUAAAUUGCUUUGUUCUCAAAAUAAUUUCAUUUAUGCCUCUAUUUUAGCAGUGAAGCAUUGCUGGUAUUGCGUGCACUGAUUUUUUGUUGUAGCUUGUUUUUUUUGUUGUCAUUGAGUGCCUCCCUAAUGCUUUAAGAAUAGUAAGUUUAGAUUUGCUUGGAAAUGCAUCUGCCUACUAAUUUACUGGAAAGGUUAAUACAAGCAAAAUAUGAACACAAUGAAAUGUGCUUCCUGUUUUUCUUCCGUAAAUUCAGGAUCAAGACUGUCACAUUUCUAAUUUGCCUGGAGGGAAAUUAGAUGCAAAACUACUAGGCCUCGGACCCCAGGAAUUUCAGCUGUAGUCCAUUUUUUUCUCUUCUCUGUGCCCAAUGGUUGUUCUGUCUGUUCCGAUGCUCUCCUCCUAAAAUGUAUUAUGAAAAUGCUUUGUGGAAAUUCAUUGCAAAGUGCCCCUUACCAAAUAAAAGCUGAAACAGAAAUUAAAAAAAAAAAACAUUUUUCGAAACCAUCCUUUACGGUAUGUUCUCAGAUAUUAAUGGUUUUAUUAUAUUCUGAAAUUCAGUACAGUAUUUCAAAAGCUGUGGUUCAUGAAUGUUUUUAAAAUAUUAAGUGGAGACUAACAACAGAGCAUAAGAUAACUUUGCUGUUUACUCCUUUUUCAGAGUAUCAUCAAUGAAGAAAGAUAAAGGAUUUUGCAGGGCCAAGUAGAGCAAGCUGUGAUAAGACCUACUGUGAGAUUUAAGAGUUGCUUUAAUGCUUUACAACUACAACUUCUUGGACAGGUCAUUGAGCUCAAGGGUGACUAAUUAUUAAACCAAAAUAGUUUAAGCUGCUCCAUCUAAAUAGACUUAUUUUUUGUUCAGUUCCACCAGUUAGAUACCUGUGAACUACAAUGGCAUUUUUGGAAGACUCAUAAAAAGUUGAACAAGGCAUUUAACAUUAAACAGUAGUGAAAGGGUCUUAAAAGUGAAUUAAUUUUACAGAAACUUUCUGUGCUUUAUUUAAAACAGUUAUCUUCAAACCACUGCAUAGGGAAGUACUUCAAACUGGGAAGUACCUCAGAUUUUUUUUUUUAUCCAAACAAAAAAUUAAAAGUAAAAAAGACAACAAAUGCUUAAAAAUUGCAUGAUUUACUUCUCAAUACAAGACAUCAAUACUUCGGUCGCAUGUACAGAAUAUAGUGUAUUUAUCACAUUUCCCAUGUCAUAAUAACAAUGAAGAUGAUGAAAUGAUAUAAUUUAUUAGUAUCUACUUAAAGAUACAUUCUAAAGGUAGGACCUGUAUUGCCUUUCUUACAAGGAGAUACUAAUACGGAGGGAAUAGGUAAGGGAUGGGGGUGGGGUUUUACAUACUUUUCUAAGCUUAAACUAACUCCCAGAAGUUGAUAUUAGUUCAGCAAAAGAGCAAUCCCACUGGCACGUCAUUAAACAAAAUGAGUGAAAGUAGCUUUCAGGUUGAGCAGAGAAAGGGCUAAAACUGACAGACUUUCACUAUUAUCAUAAGACUACUGACCAAACGGAGAUGGCAUUACUGUAAGUUUGAAAGUCUAUGAAAAAUCAAAACAUGGAAACUUAUACUAGGUCAAAUGAGUUUAUGUAAUAAAAUGUAAUCAUUGAAAAAGAAAGAGCCUUUUUUAGGCAGGAGACGUUCGAGUAUUAUAUGAACAGAUUUAUUGUCACUUUGUAUUUAUUUCUUUUUCCUUGAAUAUAAGAUCAUAACUCCCUGUGUACUUCUAAAGGAGGCCUGUUACUGGUUCGCUAGUAAGUACUAAAAAGGCAUGAAGAUUUUGCCACAUAUUUUCACUGAUCUUGGAUCAAACCAUUAAUUUCUUAAUCCAGAACAAUCAAAGUUUGUUUUAAUUGAAUUCAUACCAGCCACAAGUUCAGUUUUACAACCCGCUAAAUAUGGGGUAACAAGUCAUGAGGUAACAAGUGAAAUCUUAUCAAAUCUGAUCUGAUCAAUUAAUCGCCUAUUUAAGCUAUGGCAAUGCAGUGGCUGUCCUAUGUGCACAUACAGGGGGAAGUAAAUAUCUAUCAGAAACAAGAACAAAAAAUAGCUUCAUUCAUUAUUUUUGAAAAAUGGACAAAGUAAAGUGCAGCUGGUUUCCCUUUCUGGAUUUAUUGUUUCUCUGAAUAUAACAAUAUUUAGUGAGUACUGGUGACCUGUCUGUACAGUAUGUCUGUAUACUUGCCAAAUCUAAAGAAAACGUUUCAAGGCAAAAUUGUUAUAUAUUUUGUGCAAGGCAGACAAUGCACUAAAAUGUAUUAGAUUUGCUGGAGACUUAGAGUGUACCUUUAAUGUUAUUUAAGAAACUCUGUUGCUUACAGCUAUAAAAUUGAACAACAAAUGUCAGGAGAAAUUAAUGUGCAUAGACACAGUGUCAUGCCAGGCACAUUCUCAGAGAAAACUACUUUUGCUGCCAGCAAGUACUACCUGCACUGCCUGGUGUCCACCACUGGUGAAAUUAUUUUCCAUUCUGUGAUAGCUUACAGAGCUGUCAUAUGCCUCCGUUUGCCCCAAAGAGUGGCCUGCAACAAAUUUCACCUGAUCCAGCAUAGCACUUCAGUUUUUUUCUUUUUAAUUCAGUAUGUUUGGCAUGGACACCUGCUUAUGCACAACAAAUUCUAACAAGAGAAUGCAUGGAGUGUCUUUAUAUUAGCCCUGAACAAUUUAUUAUUGUUUCCUGAAGCUAAAAUAUAAGAGGGACAACUGAGCUUUCUACUUAUGAGUAUUUUAUUGUAGCAUUGGGAUUUUUAUAAUACUUUCAUUAUGUAUAUUACAUAACAUAUAUGCUGUAUUCAUUAAAAUGUGCUCAAGAUUUUGUGCAAAGUAUUUUGGUCUUGGCAGGAUUAAUGAGUCCCUUUGAAUACAGAGUUAGAACAUCCAUACAGUAUAUAUAUAUAACAUAAAAUGUAAUAACAUUAUAAAUGUACAGUAUAUUGUAAUCAACCAAACCAACUCAUCACCCACAGAGCUAAAAGGCUUUAUUUGAUUGGCAUUAUUUUGACAUUAAUAACAUUUCCACUGAAACUGAGCUCCCCACUAACAAUUUUAAAAUUACUUAAGUGUUUUAAAAAGUUUUUUCCUUAGGAAUAAACCCUAAAUCUUCAUCUUCAGAAUCUGAACUACUCUCAAGUGUGGAAAUGCACACACAACCCUCCAUUAUGGUAGAUGAACAGACCACAUUUGACCACCAGUUGCCCAGAUUUUACUUGUAGUUCAGGUAACAUAAUUAAUAUUUGUUCUAACUAUGUUGUCAUGGGACAUACAGAAUGCUUUUCAUGUAUUUGUGAUUAAAAUAAGUUACAUUAUUCACAUGGCAAGUAAAGCGUUUAUAGGUUUAGUUGCUGUGUUGGAAUUUUGCUUGGAAAUUACAUUUUUUUUAAACAAAAGGAAAAAUCAGUUUAUAGCCUUUAGGAAUCAAGGAUGUUUCUAAGACUUACUCUUCCAUUUAAAUAAUUUCCUGAAACAAUUACAUUACCUGGAUUUACCUGUUUUCAACAGAUUCCUGCUUUUAACAAGUCCACAAUGCUUUGCACAUCUUUGAUGCAAGAUGUAGACCAGUAAAUGAGAUGUUGCUAAUUGUGAAAGCAGAGCCAUAGAGAAAAAUUGCUUUAAAGGCUUCCUUAUGGGUCUGUAUCUUGGUCUUUUGAUUAAUAAUUUAGAGAUAAAAUCUUAUUUUCCAGCAUUCAUUAACUGGGAAAAUUACACAGUGAUUAUUUCAGGGUCUCUAGAUUUUAUUAAAGCUGGCUACUAUAAUCUAUCCUAUUCAUGAGUCAAGACAGAUUGUUUAGAUAGACCAGUCAUUUUUUUCACAUCUUCAAGUUGAUUAACUCUGGGGUCUUUUAUCAGACCUGUUCGCUACACUCAAACUCACUGACAAAAUCCCAUUAAUGAGAUAUGGGCUGUGUGCCUAUUCUGUUAUGCCUUUGUUAUACUGUGGAGCAUGUGUCUGGAUCAGGACCAGAUUCUGUAAUAUUGUAGAAGGUAAUGUCUUUCUCCAUGGAAUGUCUGUAGCAUUGGAGAUUCAUAAAGCUGCAAUUCAUUUUACUGUGUCAAAAUGUAGCAUGUCUUUUUAAUAUUGUGUACUCUGAGUAUCUAAAAUGUACAUGCCCUUCUGCUACAUGGUAUUAUAAAAUACCACAUAAUAUGUAGCUAUUUUGAGUAGCUAUUUUCUAAAAAAAAUAAAUGUGGCAUGUGACUUGCACUUUUAUUCACAUAGAGAAACCAGAAACAUGUAGUUAUUCAGAUAACGUAUGCUCCAGUAUUAUGUCUGCAAUGUUGUACCCUAGCAAGCUUAUAAACUAGGAAAAAACUGAUGGCUGAGGCUGUUUUGUGCAAUUGACUGUCUACUUAUUUGGCACAACCUCAUUUUAAAUAUUACUGAAAUAAAGCUACAGUCUUCAGAAACCCUGAGAAAAUCAGACAUAGCAAAAACUCCAGUCAAAGCAAUCCCGUGCUUGUGCUCAUUUGGCAAAUAACAGUACAGGAGUUUAAAAUUCUCUGCACCAUUAUGUAAUCUGUAUUUUCAUACAAAAGGAAAAACAAACUCCUUGAAUAGACAAUAUGAGGACCUAUGUGCACAAAACAAGUUUUUCUAGGAAUCUGAUGUACAAAUUGUGUUCUUCAUAUGAAGGUCUUAAAAGAAAUCGUAUAACUAAAGUAUUAAAACAAAAUAUUAACCUUCAAUAUACCCAGUCAUUUAAAUUUAAAUUUUAAGAUGCUAAACAGUUGAGUAUGGGUCUGUUGCAAGGUUGAGAUUAUUUUAUCUCAGUACCACACCAUAAAGGCCUUUUUGUAAGCAUGUAAAAUAAGUAUGACUCCAUUUGAAGCCAUUACAAUUUUUGGAAGAAAUGUCAUGCUAUAAUAAUCAUUUAUGACUAGAGCUCCAAAAGACUAUAUAUACAGUAUAUGAAUAGUAUAUAUGAAUAGUAACAAUACACGGUGUUUCUCAAAGCAGAUAGUAUGUGUUAGAGUUGGAAUUGUAGUGGUAUUAGGUUAGGGUUAUGAUCAUCAAUGAACACAUACUUGCCUUUGAGAAAACUAAUUAUAAAAAUGAUAUGGCUAUGUAGCCUCUUUGGAUGCAUAAUGCUAGGUACAUAAGGUCGUCAUCAAAAGUAUUAAUAAAACGCCACACUUUGUCACUUCAUAAAGAUUUGGAGAGCAAUCCUGACAAGCAUAGGGUGAUCAUAACUGAAACAGGGGCUGAACUGAAAUACUUGGCAGAACAGUAUAUGAGGUCAUAUCUGUUGUGUUCAAUGCUUUAGAGUCUUUCAGUUCUUGUAUUUGAUUCUUCCUCUUUACUGUACAUAAAUGUGGAGAAAUAAACUGAUGUUAAACUGCAGAGAAGGGGAAUGAAAAAGUUUUAAAUAAUUUUAGUGAACUAAAAUGAGACCCUCUGGGAAAAUGUCAGUUUUACUCUGUGGCUCACUUAAGGCUAUAAUAAUUUUGCAUGUCGUGAAGGUGCUUUCUACAUAAUACUGUGAAAGAAGGUUUAGGUCACGGAAAAUCUUUUACAAAAAAAGUUGUUAUUUUGCUGAAUAAUGUUGGAUAUUAACUUUAACCAUUGGAUUAGCUGAGUUUUUAGCUUGAAUUAAGACAUGUACUGUAUAGGCCCUUUUUUAAUAUAUUUUCUACAUAUUAAUAAAAUAUUCAAAUUGAC